AUGCCUGCAAAUUCUGACUUCAAUUGGGAUAAGAUAACCCAAUCGGUCACGCCUCCUGGGACCCUGGGACUGACGAGCUACUCUGGCGUGUUCAGCGACAGCGAGGAUUAUCUAAAUGGGAUCCUCGCGCCGCUGGCGACUGUGGAGCGCAGUCGGGUCAGCUCGAGUCAAAAGCAGAUUCAGCUGGGCGCGCGACUACUGCUGACAUUGUUUGAGAAUCUGUUGCUCUACGAGACUGUCGCGGACAAUCGUUCAGACAAUUCACCAGAAGGAUGUGUUGUCGGCCAACGGCUCGUCCGCAUGAUCUUUACAGCCAUAAAAGAUUCCUAUAGAAUCCUGGCAAGUACCCAGGAUGCAAAAGAGAGGUAUUAUGAGAACCUGCUAGGGUGGUCUCAGAAACUGUUUGAUGAGCGCUCGCAGCUGAUUGAGGUCGGUCCGUCGACGACACCCGAGGAAUAUCUUCGUUGCGUCUCCAAUCGAUGGGAAGGCAUCGGGUUGGUCUUCUCCGUCGUGGGUCAAGGUGCAAUGCUGGAGAGAGACUGGAAAUCCGUGUCUCAGUUAGCAGACGCUGUACCAGCCGAUCAAAGAUCACUGGGGGUGCUUGCGGCCACUGCCAGCGAUGCUUGUCUUCAAUUUUGCGAAGACUCAGGCGUUGUCCAUGAUCCGCUGGGUUGGCUGCUGUAUCAGCAUACCUGUCUGCUUACUUUGGUCUAUGGUGACAAUGGCAAAGAUUAUCGACCGUGGCGAAAAUUGGCCGAAUUGUCCACUGUUGUAUUUACCCUCGGGCUCCACCAGUCCAGACGCAAAACACGCAUGCCCUUCUUUCUGGGUGAGCUUUGUAAACGCUUGAUGGCGGGCGCCUAUAUCAUGGAUAAGCAGCUCGCCACUUCCCUGGGACGACCGCCUCAGAUCAACUGGAGAUACUCCGAUGUGCAACUUUCUCUGGACCUACGUUACGAUGAGAUCCUUGCGGACCCGGCUACUCGAGAUGCCGCAAUCAACAGAGUCGACGCGAACGGUUGGAACAGCCAAGGUGUCAUCCAACCGGCCCAGUUGAUGCGGGUUGCUCUUCUGGUCAGCUCAAUCAGAGAGCAAAUACUCGAAUUGUCGCUGAGCCGCUGUGUCGAUGACCUUGCUCGAAAAACCAAGCAGGUGUCUGAAAACUCCCGCAGAACUUGGGACGGACUCCCCAGUUUCCUUCGCUGGCGUCCUGGUAGUGCCAACCUCGAUGACUCUGGCAGUCUUCUCAUACCUCUCUAUCUUGACUUCGUCUACAAUGACUUCCUUCUCUGCCGGCUGCUUGUCAGGCGCUCCCAGAAUGAAUCAGACUCCUUGAUCAAUGUCUCACAGAAUAUACUGGGCACGGUCCUUGAGCUCAUGGGGAGGGAGAUUGCAUCGGGAAGUGGCACAUAUAACAUAGGAUGGAACUGUCUCACCACAAAGCAGGCGUCUUCAUUCGGCAUCCCAGCCGCCAGGGUCCUAGCCAUCGACCUGCUGUGCCAAAGUGAAGGGUCACGGCCUCGCGCAUCGACUCUCCAACGGCCCGAAAGCAUCCAGAACCUGAGCGUCUUUGCAUCCUACCUCCAAUAUGUCGUUCGACCGCAUGAGGGAAAUUACGACAUCUGCCAGCGUGCGCGCCGUAUCCUUGGCCGUAUCCUGAACCAGGUCUUAUCGACGAGUCCGCUCCCGUUGCCGUCUGGUCUACCUGCUAAUGCGGUAGCAGCGGAUUGGUUGAAUGGGGAGUCAAUCUUGCUGGACGAUGGGACGGAUCUCCUGGAGUGGAUCGAGAGUCGACUUGAUUAG